GCUCUCGCUUGGGUGUAGCCUUUGCACCUUUUGCUCCAAAAUCAACAGCUACUCCUUCAGAUCUAACCCCCCAAAAUAAAAAAAAUAAAAAAAGAAAAAAAAAAUAAAGAGAGAAAAAACAUAGAAAUCCUGAUGAUGAUGAUUAACAAGGAUGGGGCGGCAACGAAGCUCGUUCUCUUCCAUCUCGUUGCAAUCGCCGCCGCUGGAGCCAUCGCCACCGCGGUGCAGCUUCGAUCCCGCCGGAAGCGGCGGUUGAAGACGAAGGACGCCAUGCCCAUUCCCACCAUCGUCUUCUCCGAUUCUGGACGCGUUUCUAAGAUCGAGACCUUCUCUCACUACGUCGCAAGGCAAUUGGGAUUCAGUGACAUGAAUGAGUGCCCACAGUUGUGCAAGUUGGCAAAUAAUUAUUUGAGGAAAACCAAAGGAUGUGAAGAGGACAUAUUUGGUUUUCUGUCCAAGGAUUCAAAUCCUGAGGCUCUUUAUGUUAAGCUCAUUCAAGAGCUUGAUAGAUGCAUUCUUGCUUAUUUUGCAUUUCACUGGCAGCAUGCUUCUCUUAUGGUUACUCAGGUUUUGAAUGUUGAUUCAGAACAUAAGAAGAAACUCAAGAACAUGGUCAUGGAGGCUACCAGGAAACAAAGGUUUGAGAGGAUAACAAAGAAUUUGAAGGUGACAAGGGUGUUCUCUACUUUGGUGGAGGAACUAAGAGCCAUUGGAAUCACACCACGAGAUGAUGUUAACAAGUGCACCGAAGUCAUGGUCCCUGCAGCACUCAGUGACCGCAGUCCUGUGUUGCUCCUCAUGGGUGGUGGAAUGGGAGCCGGCAAAAGCACUGUGCUCAAGGACAUUCUUAAAGAAGCGUUUUGGUCGGGUGCAGCGGCGAAUGCUGUGGUUGUUGAAGCGGAUGCGUUUAAGGAGACCGAUGUUAUCUACCGAGCUCUAAGCUCUAGAGGUCAUCAUAAUGACAUGCUCCAAACUGCUGAGCUGGUACACCAGUCAUCAACAGAUGCAGCUUCAUCGCUCCUGGUGACUGCGCUGAACGAGGGGCGAGAUGUGAUCAUGGAUGGCACUCUGUCAUGGGAGCCAUUUGUGGAACAGACCAUAGCAAUGGUCAGGGCCAUUCAUCGCCGUCGUUAUCGCAUGGGUGUUGGCUACAAGGUCGCUGAUGACGGUUCCGUCAUGGAAAACUACUGGGAACCUGCAGAGGAGGAGAACAAUGAUGAGAACAAUAAGAGAAGGCCUUACAGAAUUGAGCUUGUUGGAGUUGUCUGUGAUGCUUACCUUGCUGUUGUCCGAGGAAUCAGGAGAGCGAUACUGAUGGGAAGAGCUGUAAGGGUGAAGUCCCAACUGAAAUCUCACAAGCGAUUUGCAAAUGCUUUCCCAAGAUACUGCCAACUUGUUGACCAUGCCAGGCUCUACAGCUCCAACUCCAUGGGAACUGCUCCAAAGUUGAUAGCAUGGAAAGAUGGAGACAGUAGCUUGCUGAUAGAACCUCAGGAGUACACAUGCCUAGAAAAUGUGGCUAAGUUAAAUGAAGAUGCAGACUCUGUUCAUGAAGUUUAUCCCCAAACUGACACUGUUUCUGCCUCUGGUUCUAUCUGGAAUGAUAUGAUCUCCCCUUUGAGGUUAUCCUCACAGCAAGAGCUCAAAAUUUCUAUCCAAAUGAUUGAAAACCAUGUACCAUGAUCCUUGUUACUUCUAUGAUGCAAAUACAUUACUAUGUAAUCAUCAAUUGUGUUUGAACUUUUGAUGAUUUAAUUCAGACAAUGUAUUAUGUGUAGAGUGAAAAAUAAAAAAGCAUCAUCUCACUUGUUACUUUAUUUUCUAA